GAGACACGUUUCAGUAGCCGCACAGCUGCCAGGGCGCACAGCAACGACUCCUCCCCACAUCCAUCAUGGCCGAGCUACGUCCAUUGACCGCCGAGCUGCGCAACAUUGCCGAGACGGAGCUGAACGAAGUGACGGAGCGGUUGCCAGCCGACUUGGAUGCUCUGCGGGAGUGGCUCGGCAAGCAGCCGCACCUGAGGGCUCGCCAGGAUGCCCAGUUCCUGGUGGGAUUCCUGCGGGGCUGCAAGUUUAGCCUGGAGAAGACCAAGUCCAAGCUCGAGCACUUCUACACGAUCAAGACCCUGAUGCCGGAGCUCUUUGCCAAUCGAGUCGUGGACGCCAAGACACUGGCACUGUGUCGAACGGGUACCUAUGUGCGGCUACCCAAUGCCUGGGGACCCGCGGGACCACGCAUUGUGAUCACCAACUAUGAGAAGUUUGAUCCGAAAGUCUUUAAGCUGUUGGACCUGUUUCGAUACCAGACGAUGCUCUCGGAGCAGUCCAUAUGGGAGGACGACCAUGCCAAUGUCAGCGGCUACAUUGAGAUUAUCGACAUGGGCAAGCUGAGUCUGAGUUUCGUGGCCCAACUGGACUUUAACCUCAUCAAGCGAAUGGGCGUCUUCGCUGAGAAGGCACAGCCGACCCGCAUCAAGGGCAUUCACUUCAUCAACUGCCCCAAGGAGGCGGUGGCGCUUCUCAAUCUGGCCAAGGGUCUCAUGCCCAGCAAGCUGCAGCAACGAUUUUUUGUGUACAAGAAUCUGGAGCAAUUAAGCAAAGUCAUACCACUGGAAUACCUGCCCGAGGAGUACGGUGGCAGCAAUGGGCGCAUAUCCGACAUUCAGGCGGAGGCAGAGCGGCAGCUGCUGGACUACAGCGACUAUUUCAAGGAGGAUUCUCAGUAUGGGGUGAAUGAGCAGCUGAGACCAGGAAAACAAGUCAAUGUGGAGUCUAUCUUUGGCGCGGAGGGCUCUUUCCGCAAGCUGGACAUCGACUAGAGAUUCUAUCAAAUUAGUUGUACAACGAUAAUAGUACUAGUAAAAAUGCUUUCAAUUAA